GAGAAGAGAAGUGCGUUUAAAAAAGAAAAAGCCCGCACAGAGAGAGGGACCUUCGUUGCCUCCCACUCUCUCUCUCUCUCUCUCUCUGUGCCUGCCAUGUCCGAAGCAAAGACUCGUCCGACUCUCGGCUCCCAUUCUCAACGAAUGAUCCGCAGCCUUCUUCUGCUCCGCCAUACAUAAAGCUUCUCACUCGUCGUCUUCCUUCGUUUUUUUGUGCUGCGAUUCAGUUUUGGACGGCUUGACUUGUCGUUGUUGUUAGGGUUUCCAUUCGUCCCGCCGUCUCCCUAUUCCUCUUUGUACCCAUCGCUAACAUGUCGAAUUUGUACGCCAACUUCAAUCAGAACAUCGAUUACGUCUUCAAGAUCGUCUUGAUCGGCGACUCUGCCGUCGGCAAGUCCCAGCUUUUAGCUCGGUUCGCCCGCAACGAGUUCAGCUUGGACUCCAAAGCGACUAUCGGAGUUGAGUUCCAGACCAAGACGCUCUUGAUCGAUCACAAGACCAUCAAAGCUCAGAUUUGGGAUACCGCCGGUCAAGAGAGGUACCGGGCUGUCACCAGUGCAUAUUAUAGAGGUGCGGUCGGAGCAAUGUUGGUUUAUGACAUCACCAAACGUCAGUCUUUUGAUCACAUAGCGAGAUGGUUAGAGGAAUUGCGAGGACAUGCAGACAAAAAUAUUGUUAUUAUGCUUGUCGGCAACAAAUCUGACCUGGGGACUCUUCGCGCUGUACCCACUGAGGAUGCCAAAGAGUUCGCACAAAGGGAAAACCUUUUCUUCAUGGAGACAUCUGCCCUUGAGGCCACGAAUGUUGAAACUGCAUUCCUCACAGUCUUGACAGAGAUUUACCGAAUUAUCAGCAAGAAAGCCCUGGUUGCAAAUGAUGAGGCCGAGUCUGGAGGGAGCUCACUUUUGCAGGGUACGAAGAUAGUUGUUCCGGGACAGGAGCCAGAGCCUCAAGGAAAGACUUUCAGUUGUUGCUCGUCUUCAUAAGAGCAUGGGCCCGUGACCUCAUGCCCCUAAAGAUUGGUGUUGUUUUGUCACAUAGAUCCUUUAUACCUGUAUAACGAAUAUAAAUUUCCUCAUAAAUUUGAGAAUUGAUAUCAUUCUUGCUAGUGUUAUGCAAGCAGAAAGAAUUUUCUUUCCUUUUUCCUGUUA